GCUGUGACGCGGAAUCACUGAGUCAACAUCUCCUGUACUCCGUUCCACCCUGGUGAAAGGACCAUUUCCGACUGAGGUGGUCCAGUACAACUCUUCACCGUGCAUCUUUCAGCAUCAAUUCGCAAAGAUGCUUCGUCAAUUGCGUCCGCAGAGCGCGCUGUUCAAGCAAUCGCCUUCGAGGCUGCUAGCAACAUGCAUGAGAGCAUACAGCAUUGAAGCCACUUCUGCCUCUACGAUCAAACUCCAAGACAUUGAUCCCUCGAAAUUAUCUAUCACUAAGACGAAAACCCCAAAAGAACUCGUACCUCCCAAUGAGCUUGUCUUUGGAAGAACAUUCACUGAUCAUAUGCUCAGUCUCGAAUGGACUGCUGCUGAUGGAUGGCUACCUGCACGCAUCACACCCUACCAAAACCUCUCUCUCGACCCCGCGAGUUGUGUAUUCCAUUAUGCGUUCGAAUGCUUCGAGGGCAUGAAAGCCUACAAAGACAAGGAUGGCAGAGUACGACUAUUCCGACCAACGAAGAACAUGGAGCGAAUGAACAAGUCAUCUGCACGCAUUGCAUUACCUACCUUUGACGGCGCCGCAAUGAUUCAGUUGAUUGCGAAAUUUGCGGCUAUGGAGGAGAGAUUCAUUCCUGAUACCAGAGGGUACUCACUCUACCUCAGACCGACAAUGAUUGGUACACAAAGAACAUUGGGCGUUGGACCACCAGGAAGUGCAUUGCUCUAUGUCAUUGCCUCGCCUGUGGGACCAUACUAUCCAACCGGGUUCAAGGCUGUGUCAUUGGAGGCUACCGACUAUGCUGUUCGAGCAUGGCCGGGGGGUGUUGGUGACAAGAAGCUUGGUGCCAACUAUGCUCCAUGCAUUCUUCCACAAUUAGAGGCUGCGAAGAGAGGCUUCCAUCAAAACUUGUGGUUGUUCGGUGACGAGGAGUACGUUACUGAAGUGGGAACUAUGAACAUGUUUGUGGCCAUUAAGAACAAAGAGACUGGUCAAAAUGAGCUUAUUACUGCACCAUUGGACGGUACUAUUCUCGAGGGUGUGACGAGAGACUCGGUACUAUCACUGGCGCGUGAGAAGCUAGCACCAGAGGGAUGGAUCAUUUCAGAAAGAAAAUACACCAUGCCAGAGCUCUUCGAGGCUUCCAACGAUGGUAGGUUACUAGAGGCAUUUGGUGCAGGAACCGCUGCUGUUGUCAGCCCAGUAAGAAAUAUCAGCUGGAAGGGCAAUUUAGUGGAAUGUGGAUUGAGACCUGAUCAGGAAGCAGGCGAGAUUGCACAAAAGAUGAAGGAUUGGAUUGAGUCACGGCAAUAUGGUGAUGAGGAGCAUGAAUGGAGCUACGUUGUACCAAAAUAGGUGUAUGAUACCUCAAAAAUAGACGAGCUGAAGAAAUCAAAGCGAGCAAUUGCGUCGUCUG